AAAAGAAGCAGAAUCUAUCGUCUGAAAACUUCACAGAAAAGUAUUAACGGUUACAGUUUACUUCAAGAUAGAAGACAAACAUGGCCACUGCUUGUAAGGUACCUAAACUCUGCCUGGAGAAGUCCAAUUCCGAACCGAAGGAAUCGUGUUCUGGGGAAGACGAAACCCAAAAAGAUGAACCUAAAACAGCCUUCCCUCCCACUGACGUCAUCCUGGAGGUAGAAGGAAUGGAUAUACACCUCAAUAAACAGGCAUUGGCAGAUCACUCAUCCGUGUUUAAGGCCAUGUUUGAAUCUGAAUUCAGCGAAAAAAACAAAGAUAGGAUAUCUUUACCUGGAAAGAAGUAUGGAGAUUUUGUGACUUUUUUACACACGUUUUAUUACCCUGGCUUCCUAGCUCCUAUUACUGAACAAAAUGUACUGAGGAUAGCGUGUCUGGCAGAUGAAUACCAAAUCAUUGACGUCAAAGAGAAAUGUGAAUCAUUUAUUCUGGAAAACUGCAAACGUGCAUGUGUGGAGGUAGACUAUCGCAUUAAAACAGAAACGGUUGUGGAGUAUGCUUCGUAUGCAGAGAAACAUAAUAUGAAGACUGGGGGUCUUCCUUUGAUUAUAAAACUUUGUUCAAAGUAUGGGACAGAAACCUUGAAACAGGCCAAUUUUGAAACAAAAGUUACAGCUGAUACACAACGAAAAAUUCUGGAAGUACGAUGCAGUUUCCUGGAAAAAGAAUUGGCAUCUACUUUAGAAAAAGGUGAUGGAAAUAUUUUAAAAUCACUGGAACUAGCCUGGGCAACUCAAAAUGAGGCCAAACUGGAAAAAUACGAAGACAGCCUUGUGUCCACUUGCAGACAAAUUAACGUAGAAACUGUGGAAGGUCUGAAUGGGACCAUUAGCACGGGCACACUGUUAGAUUACAUCAUUGCUGCAGAACGAUUUAAAUUGAGAACUCUGUUAUUCCUAGCUAUUGAGCUAGCCUCUAAAUGUCCAACUUCAAUGUUAAAAAAGGAAUAUAAAUACAUAAAAAUUUCAAGUCUAACAAAAUCUAAAAUAGAAUCCAGAAGGCUGCAACGACUAGAAAGUAAAUGUUAACCAAAAAAAGGAAACAGCAAGUUAUGAAUAGAUAACAUUUCUAACCAAUCCUAGGUAGCGAGCAGCAAUUUUUGUCAAAGGAUCAUUC